AUGGAAUAUUUCCAGGUUCUUUUGUUUUUGAAGCUAGUUGUCGUAGUAAAGGUUAGUAAAAAUAAAAUUUAUUACAACCGGCUUUAGCCAUGAUUGAGACAGGAUAAUAAACUUUACGAAGAAUCCAACUGUUGCUUGAAAGACACUAGAGGAUAUUUUAUGAGUUUUUUUUUAUAUUUUCUAGCUUUAGAGCCCCUUUGUCACUCGUAAGGAUCUUGAACCUGCUCAUACCUGCUGCAGCUGCAGGUGUCCUGCGCGCACGAAAGCUCUCGUGGCAUGGGGUACACGUAAUUUAGACGUUGUUAGCAAGGACCAGCAAAACAAAACAAAUGGGCCAGGUCCAAACACAGGAUAUUAUUGCCAAGGCCAAAAGCGAGGUUCUCGUUGGAUCUUUUAAGAAAUGUUUUUCUGUAGUAAGUCAACUUUCGCCAACUGGCAAAAAGCAAACUGGAUUUCUCCUAAAAAAGGGAACUUAAGCUGCGAUCAAUUGAAAACCAAUAAUUGGUCAGCGAAAAACUUUACAUAGAUGUCCAAUAACCCUAUUAAGCAAUCUCAAGUAAGCUGUUACUUGUUAAAAUCUUAUAAAUUCAUAUUUCUCUGUUUAGCUCGUUCAAAUUCCCAGAGAGCAAUGGCCUCGACUUGGUGAUGAAGUGACCCAAGACAUUCUUGAUUCUGUCCAAGCAUUCGACCUUCUCAACGAGGAACUACAUCUGGGGUUUUUCAUCAGGGGUGUAUCCGGUCCUCCAGGAGCCUCGGGACCAAAAGGUCCAAUGGGUUCUCCCGGACUUACGGGUUCUCCGGGUUUGCCAGGUUGGCAAGGACCUCCUGGUAAACUUGGUCAACGGGGACUGACCGGACCACGCGGACCUCCUGGUCCUCCUGGGCCCCCAGGGAUAAAAGGUGACAUAGGACUAGGCGGAUUGCCAGGACAAGUCGGAUUUCCAGGAUCCCCAGGAAAUCCUACGUGGCAGAUACAAACGGAGAUAUUUACACCUUACUAUACUGUGGAAACGGUAGGUUGAAACAGGUUGCGUAAUUACGACAUGAUUGUAUGAAAUCAUUGAUCAGGGAACUUAAGUUAACUAGCCCGCCAGUUGCGUUCUUUAUCCCAUAUCCUUUCACCUUUGCUUUACCAGGAUCCCAUAAGCUCCUGGCUUUACACAAUGUUACUUAUACAGCUUCAGUCAAGGAUUUUUUUAAAUAUCUUUAUUUUACAGAACGUGACAGUGAUAUGCGCUGGCAAACGUGCGUUACUACAAUGCAAUCCUGGCAAGAUGGUCAAAGUAACGCAAGCUCGGUGGGGAGAUGAUACCUCCGUGCCGUGUGCAAACUCCACAUAUCCUGGCACAGUCCUUCUACCGCGGACAACUACUAUAGACUCAAGUCAGGUGACAGACCAAGUAAGGAACCGCUGCUCAAAGCAACAGAAAUGUGAAGUGGAAGCAAGCGGUCCUUUUCUUGGCGAAGGAACUGUUGGUAUUCCAAGUUCCGCAAAGUACCUCAGAGUCUGGCAUGAGUGCAUUCCUGAUGCCUCUGACAUCUUGACUUCGUGGAGAGCAAAAAGAGACGUCAGAAUGCAAAGAAGAGGAUUCUCCGCUUUUAAAUCGAGUGGCACUGGAUCCGAACGUCCGAAGUCGUACGAGGAGGGCUUAGGAACUAGUGGUUCCUUAGAGGUGCAGCAGAGCUUUUUGGAGGGCAAAAGCAACAAGCAAAUAAUAGCCAAUAGGAAUGAAUCCGUGGCAAGAAAGGAAAAGAGGAACGGCGGAAGUCAGGAGAGUGCAAAUUUGGCCAGAAUGCUGGAUAAACUGUUAGCACCAUCUUCUCUAAACAAGUGA